CCUGCGUCCCUUCCGCAGCUACUGUCUGCGGAACUGCAUAGGAGCCCCAAACGGGGUGCCUCGCCCCGGCUCUGGGUGGAGGCCGUAUCUAUUUGGAGUGGGCCUGGACGGGUACACCCACGUGUAGAUCUCGGUGGAGCGCUCCUCCCACGGCCCUCCCGUCCCCAACAAAGUUAUACAAAAGAGAAUCCACUGACUGAAGUGAUGGAGAGCGGCCCGGCUGUCUGCUGCCAGGACCCUCGGGCGGAGCUGGUAGAUCGGGUAGCAGCCAUCAGUGUGGCUCACUUGGAAGAGGCAGAUGAAAGCGCAGAGCCUGCCAGGAAUGGUGUGGACCCUCCGGCCCGGGCCAGAGCUGCCUCUGUGAUCCCUGGCAGUACGUCAAGACCCACACUGGUGCGGCCCAGCCUCUCGGCUAGAAAGUUCUCCCUGCAGGAACGGCCAGCUGGAAGCUGUCUGGAGGCCCAAGCUGGACCUUACUCUACAGGACCUGCCAGUCACAUCUCUCCGCGGGCCUGGCGGAGACCCACCAUUGAGUCCCACCGUGUGGCCAUCUCGGACACGGAGGACUGUGUGCAGCUGAACCAGUACAAGCUGCAGAGUGAGAUUGGCAAGGGUGCCUACGGUGUGGUGAGGCUGGCCUACAACGAAAGCGAAGAUAGACACUAUGCAAUGAAAGUUCUUUCCAAAAAGAAGUUAUUGAAGCAGUACGGCUUUCCUCGCCGUCCUCCCCCUAGAGGGUCCCAAGCUGCUCAGGGAGGGCCAACCAAGCAGCUGCUGCCUCUGGAGCGUGUGUACCAGGAGAUUGCUAUUCUGAAGAAGCUGGACCACGUGAAUGUAGUCAAAUUGAUCGAGGUCCUGGAUGACCCUGCUGAGGACAAUCUGUAUUUGGUGUUUGACCUCCUGAGAAAGGGGCCGGUCAUGGAAGUGCCCUGCGACAAGCCCUUUCCGGAGGAGCAAGCUCGCCUCUACCUGCGGGACAUCAUCCUGGGCCUUGAGUACCUGCACUGCCAGAAGAUUGUCCACAGGGACAUCAAACCAUCCAAUCUGCUCCUGGGGGAUGACGGGCAUGUGAAGAUUGCCGACUUCGGCGUCAGCAACCAGUUCGAGGGGAAUGAUGCUCAGCUGUCUAGCACGGCAGGGACCCCAGCAUUCAUGGCCCCCGAGGCCAUUUCUGAUUCUGGCCAGAGCUUCAGUGGGAAGGCCUUGGAUGUUUGGGCCACUGGUGUUACGCUGUAUUGCUUUGUCUAUGGGAAGUGCCCCUUCAUUGAUGACUACAUCCUGGGCCUGCAUAGGAAGAUUAAGACUGAGGCUGUGGUGUUCCCUGAGGAGCCAGAGGUCAGCGAGGAGCUUAAAGACUUGAUCCUGAAGAUGCUAGACAAGAGCCCUGAAACAAGAAUUGGGGUGUCAGAUAUCAAGUUACACCCAUGGGUGACCAAGCAUGGAGAGGAACCCCUCCCUUCGGAGGAGGAGCACUGCAGUGUGGUGGAGGUGACUGAGGAGGAGGUGAAGAACUCGGUCAGGCUCAUCCCGAGCUGGACCACUGUGAUCCUGGUCAAGUCCAUGCUGAGAAAGCGUUCCUUUGGGAACCCAUUCGAGACCCAAGCACGCAGGGAAGAAAGAUCCAUGUCGGCGCCUGGAAACUUACUAAUGAAAGAAGGAUGUGGAGAAGGAAGCAAAAGCCCAGAGCUUCCCGGAGUCCAGGAAGACGAAGCUGCGUCCUGAGUCCCUGCAUGUGCCCAGGGCCAUCGGCAGCAUGCUCAUCCCGCCUCCAGAGGCCCACCGCCCUCAUGCAAUAGUUGCCCCUGCAGGCAGGGGGCUGGGCACUGCAGCCCCUCCCCCAGCCCCCUUCACCCAUUGUGCUGCAUGACCUGCGCACAAGCACAUCCAGGGACAGGAUCAGAAUGUGUUACCAUUUGGGGCUCGGGGGUCCUGGUUGGUUUGCUCUGUUCUGAUCCAUCUUGUGGGGAAGCCUGGGGCCCACAGGAUGUUAGAAACCCUACCCAACUGGCUGGUGAGGCCCAGGGCAGAAGACAAGAGACCAGAAUGGCUGAAGGAGGCCUGGUGGGCUGCACCUCAGAGAACUGCCAUAGGGCUAGGUGGCCCUGUCCAGCUGCCACACACAAGGAGGGGCGAUGCCUUCACCUCUGUGUGGAAGGUGCCGAGUGCUGGCCUACUCAGAUCUCUAGCACUGAUGCUACAAAUAAUGACGUGUGCCUCAGAGAGGACUGAUUGCGGAGAAUUCGGGUUCCUC